AUGGAGCCCAUCACUGGUCAUCGACGGCGCAAGAGUAGCUUGAUGAGCCCCAUCGGCGGCUUGCCUGCGUCCCCAAUUGGGCGCCCCAGAUCUCAAAGCCUCCGUACUUUCCACCACAGCCGCCAUCCCCCCAUUGCUGCUGGCACCGGCCCAAGCUUCAACGAGGAGCCAAAGAUUUCCGAAGAAGCGUCGUCGCCAAUUGGGUUUUCCAGGUCGCCAAACGAGGAGCGCUUCACCGAUGGCUACAGCGACGACGACGAUGCUACUCUACAAGACGACGAGGAGACCGGUCUGUCCAAGAAGGAGAAGAAACGUAGGCAGAAGAGAAAAAGGAGGAACACGCAGCUCGAUCAGCGCGUUGUCAGAGACAAGCCUCUUUCGCGGGAUGAACAAAAGGAGGUGGACAAGAGUCUUGUCAAGCGGAUCGCAAUUAACAUUGCCUUGAUCCUCUUGUGGUAUAUCUUCUCGCUAUCCCUUUCAUUGUACAACAAAUGGAUGUUUGACAAGAACAAACUCAACUUCUCCUUUCCCCUUUUCACGACCUCCAUGCACAUGCUGGUCCAGUUCGCCCUGGCUACGCUGGUUCUCUACUUCAUCCCCAGCUUCCGACCACAGGCAUCCCGGAAUUCAGAUCUGGGUAGAUCAAGACACGAGUCGGAGCCAGCGAAUGCUCCUAUCAUGACCAAGAUGUUCUACUUCACAAGAGUUGGUCCCUGUGGAGCCGCCACUGGCCUCGACAUUGGCCUGGGGAACAUGUCACUGAAAUUUAUCAGUCUUACCUUUUAUACUAUGUGUAAAUCAUCGUCUCUUGCAUUCGUUUUAAUCUUCGCCUUUAUAUUCCGCCUCGAAACCCCGACCUGGCGACUCGUUACUAUCAUCACAGUAAUGACAAUUGGAGUAGUCUUGAUGGUGUUUGGCGAGGUUGAAUUCAAACUCGGUGGAUUCGCUCUCGUCAUUUCAGCCGCAUUCUUCUCUGGCUUUCGCUGGAGCUUGACCCAAAUCCUCCUACUCCGUCAUCCUGCCACCUCAAACCCUUUCUCGAGCAUCUUCUUUAUCAGUCCAAUAAUGUUUGUGAUUCUCUUUGCAUUGGCUAUUCCGGUUGAGGGAUUCGGCCCGCUCUGGGAGGGAUUCGGAGUCCUCACUGCUGCAUACGGCGCAUUUCUUGCACCUCUCUUCUUGCUGUUCCCGGGGUGUAUCGCGUUCCUCAUGACUGCCUCCGAGUUCGCUUUGCUUCAGCGCACCUCAGUAGUUACCUUGUCCAUCGCUGGAAUUUUCAAAGAGGUCGUCACUAUCUCGGCUGCUUCUCUUGUGUUCCACGACAAGUUGACCCCUAUCAAUGCGGUUGGACUUGUCGUCACAUUGAUCGCGAUUAUUGCCUACAACUACAUCAAGAUUUCCAAGAUGCGACAAGAGGCACAGGAGCAGUCUGAACCACGCUACCAACAAGCCUCUUCAAUGCCAUCUAGCGAUACCGAUAGCGAUGCCGACGAUGACUCGUAUGAAGAAACGGCAGGCCUGCUACCCCCGAACAUUGAUAGGAAUAGCCCAAUGGUCACCUCGGAUGGUGAUUUCCAACCGAGUGUAAUACCCCAAACAGGACCAGAGCCAAAGUCACAACAGGCCCCUCUCCAUCACGAAUAA